CACAACGUCUCGUCCGCCCUCGGGACAGCCGAGCUCUGCGCUGCCCUUCGCCCUCCGCCCGCCGCCCGCGCGACCCUCGUCCCUGGCCCAUGGCCAAGCGGCGUGCGGCUGAGCCGCUCACGUUCCGCGUGCCUUGGAAGCGGCUCCUGCUCAGCGACUUCCCCGAGGAGCCGCCGCUCUGGGUCCCGCCGUCUGGGACGGCUCGGCCCCUCAAGCGCCAGGGGGACGCGGGGAUCAUGGCGGAGCCUGCGUCUGCGCCCCGCAAGCGACGCGGCGGCGGGGACGACAGACAGGAGCUGCAGGGCUGUAGCCGGGAGCCCGGAGAGCCACCUCCUGGCGAGCAGGAGGAACCCCGGGCCGCGGGCGGCGGCGACAGAGUAGAAAGCGCGGGCAGCCCGCAGGUAGCCGACGGGGUGCACAGCCAGCAGCCUGAAGAGUUUUGGCAGUAUAAUACAUUCCAGUAUUGGAGGAACCCUCUGCCACCUCUUGAUCUGGCAGCUCUUGAAGAUGUGAGUGCAAACAGCCUGACAGAGACACUUGAGGACAAGAAUGAAGGAGUUGAGAUUGACAUGGAGUCCUGACAGAAGCAUCUGAAGAAAUGGGAUUCUCUGAAUUUGAGGCGACCUGAAGGAAAAGUUCUUUUCCAUACUUGACAUGAUCCUUUUUUCAAACCUGAAAACUAGGAAGGGUUUUGGGAUAAAUAACUAAUGACUACUGAAUCUCCUAAUGGAGAGCUGUCGAGGGUGUGGGACAGCUGCAGACAAAAUACUUGUGUUUGCAUUUUUAAUGAAAAAGUUUUGUUCACGCUCUUGACUUUGAAGAUGCUUAUCUUGGAAAAGGAGGUUUUGGCAGUUUCAGAGGAAGCCCUCAGGUCUACCGCACUUGUUCUGUCAAAUGUCCCUUUGCACCACAAAGCUUAUUUGUGGUACACGGAAUGAAUACAUUUAUACAGCUGAUGCUCAUAAAUACUCGCUAGUACAUCUUAUUGGAUCCCCUUGGUUGAACAAAUAGGAGACUUGAGUAUCUAUGCAAAAUUAAAAUGUGAGAUUGUUUUUGAAAGCUAACCUUGUUUUACAAGAGUGUAAACUUAAACUAGUGAGAACUUCCAUUUGGGUAGCGUGUUUUACCUUUCGCUAUUUGCUGUUUAUUAACAGCAUAGGCGAUGAAUCUAGCCAAACAAUGGAUAGAGAACAGUAGGAAGCAGACACCUGCCCCUCCUGCCUUUUCUGAGGUGAAAGAAAUGAUCUGGUCAGCUUACUGAUUUUGUUCUGAGGACAUUUUUUAUAUAGUUUAUAUUACUUUAGACCUGUAGUUCUCAACACUGAUAUAGCACUUUAGCCAUUUCUGCUCGAGCCCUGGUCCUAGAGAGAUCUCAGUCAAUUAUUUGAAGGUGGUUUUACACAUAGGUUUUUGUUUUAUUUUGGUUUUUUGCACCGAUUCUUUAUCCCUGUGUUGUGCAGAUGGGGCCAGAACCACUAGACUAGCAGCCUUUCCUGUUUAAAGGAGAUCACUAGUGAGAGCUGAAGCAAUGCCUCUUCAUUCCUUUUGUCGGUAUCUUGUUAUGUUACUUGAUUUGUCAUUACUAAGUUAUUGUGUUACAAUUUUAUUUUUAAUAAAGUAUACUGUUUAUGUUUGA